UCGCUGUUCCACUCGCAUUCGUGCGCGUUCGGUGAGCCUAAAGGAGACUGUCCACUCCGUCGUGUGUCCUCCGUCAUCGCUGGUGCGAGCAACUCCCGGGGAAUCUGGAAAAAUAUCAGAAUCAGCGUUCGUGAUCGCCAGGCGAGCGCAAAAAGACAGCGCCAUCUGUGAGCGGGGCCCAGCGUCCGUGAUCGAGGGAAGACGGACCCCGCGCGGAGUCGGUUUAUCAGGAUUCCAAAGGGCCCGGGUACCGUGCGCGUAUCGGCAUUUUCGUCGUUCGAGCCGAUGAUAUUCGCAGGAACGUCGGAGACGACGGCUCGCGUGGCUGACGCCUGCGGCCGCGCCUCUGGAUUCCACCAGCGCCGACGCGCCGCGCAGCGGGCCCGCUGAAUUCCACGUCGCGUCGGUGAGUCCGGGUGUGUGUACCUGUCCGAUCGGCACACGUGGAGGCGAGGGGCGACCGGGAGGACGGCGACGCCACUGGUGUACGCUGCAUACCACAGGACCCGACCAGGUAGAGUGGGAGGUUGGAAAAGGUUGGCGAGAGCCGGCCAAGAGAGACGCCGAGAAGGAGGAAAAAGGAACGCUGCCCGCCGGGUGGGGGAGGCCGUCAGAAGGCGGCCAUAAUGGCCUGACGCGAUCUCGAGCGAGUGGCGGCUACAGCUGCUGCGAAAUAGCUGGAGAGCGGCUCUCCUUGUCGUCCACGCACGCGUAUUUUGCAACGUCGUACGGGCUGCGUCUUUGGAAAGUGACUGCGUAAUCGCGAGUGGAGUGAAUUACCGGGUGGAGUCCCCCGGGUUUCCGUGUGCUCGGUGGUAAGGCCGCGUGUGCUCUUUGGAUGUCGCUUCGAACGGUGUUCGAUGGUUCGGGUAUUCUGACUCCGUAGCAUCCUUAGGAUCGUGCAUGGUCUGUUCGAGUUCGUCGGUAGACUUUUUCCUUGCGCCGGGGAAGAGAGGCGACUCUUUGGUCUUUGCAUCGCCCGUUCCCGGGUCGAGUCGAUCGAGCGAGUCGGUUGGAAAGAUGAGGGGUGCGAACCAAGACACGGCAACGCCGUACUGCCGGUGCAGAGUCCUCUACCUGGGCAGCUCGGUGCCCCACGCGAGCAAAGAGGGUCUGCUGGGCGUCCAGGAACCGCUUCGAGAACUGUACCCCGAACAGGGUGCCCUCGGAGCACGUGGAAUCGAUUCCUGGCUGAGCGUCUGGAGCAACGGCCUUCUGCUGGAGAACGUCGACGAGCAUCGCAAGAAGGUCACCAGGUUCUUCCCCAUCGAAGCGUUGCACUAUUGCGCAGCCGUUCGGCACGUGAAGGGCGGAAAUGGGGACUCCUCGAACACCAGGUUCCUACCUUUGGACUCGCCGUUCGCCAGGACGCCUAGCGCCAAUCAUCCGCCCCUGUUCGCCGCUGUUCUCAGACGAACAACCGGUAUCAAGGUUCUCGAAUGUCAUGCGUUCAUUUGCAAGCGUGACAUGGCGGCCAACGCCCUUGUCAGGUGUUGUUUCCACGCGUACGCGGACAGCAGCUACGCCAAGGGCCUGGACCCAACCACGACGACGACAAACGGUGUGACGACCGGUCAUCCUUCGAGCAACAGCCUCUACCACACUCUCGGUGGCUCCAGCACCACUCUGGACAGUCCUCAAGCGACCCGUCUCGACAGCACCUCGACGGAUGACUUGAGCCUCUAUAACGGCGACGAGAAUCACAAGGUUUGGGCCAGGGGUCGCGACGAAGUCGAUGGCCUGUAUCAAGAACAGGGCACCCUGCGAAGCACAAAGGGUUCCAGGCCCCGUCAACUGGUUGCUCCGCCUCCCCCGCCACCACCACCACCUCCUCCUGCUCAACCCUUGCUCCUGGAGGAGUCCUCGUCGUCGUCCGUCCGCAGGAAAGCAAAUAAAAAGCUCAAAAAACUGAAGAACCGAGCCUUGCACGAGGACCCGCUGCAGCAGGCUCAUCUUCACCCUCAGCUCCAUCAAGGAAUGUACACCAACGGCCACGGACAUCACACUCUGGGUCACCCGGUGAGGCAACAGCACUAUCAUCCGCAUCCCUUGCCGCCCAGUAGUCGUUCCGUCGCUGGUACCCUGGCCAGACCAGCUCCGGUUCUGCUGGUACCGGCCGCCACCUUGCCCAGGAAAGCGCAUCAUCAUCCACGGGGCCUCAGACCCAUUCCAGCGGCUGCCCCGAUCGUCCCGGUCUACGCUCCGCUGCCGGUGGUGCCUCCACCGCCAGCAACGGCCAUGUACCCGGCUGGAACGUACGGCACGGCCGGCAACAGAGGCAGGAGACAGCACCCUGACGGCGAGACCUCCACUCUGGGGGCAUCGAGAAGGUUAGCCGCCUCCCACGCGGAUCUGACAACGGCGGAGAUGAACCGGGCCGCCGAUAAUCCUGAGAACGAGUCCCGUUUCGGUACCGGGAUCUACCGACGGAAGGGCCACUUGAACGAGAGGGCGUUUUCUUACAGCAUCCGUGCCGAGCACCGCAGCAGGAGCCACGGCAGCUUGGCCUCUCUGGGCUUCAGCGGCCAGAACGGCAACGCGCUACCCAAGGAGGAGAAGAAGGACAGAGAGAUUGCCCAACUGGUCGCUGGCCUGAACCUGGACGACAGCCCGGAAAGAAUACUGCCCCAGGCCAACUCCAGGAGCGGGUACUCCCAUCAUCAGCAGCAACAGCUCCAGCCGCUGCCCAGGCCUCGGCCUCGUUAGGACCCUCCAGACGUCCGACGUCGACUCGCAAGCUCGCGCGUCACGAAACACUUAACUGUCUCUCUCCAGCGGCCAUUGAAAUAGCUAAACAACCGAGAAAGAUUAUUUGUUAUCAAGCAAACGGAGAAUUCUGAUUCUUCGUCAGACCAGCGUAAAGUUAACGGAUUUCGUGAUGGAACAUUGCACCAGUGCUACAGCUAGAUCCAAAUUUCUCUAGCUACUUUGUAACGUUUAUAAAAAUCCCAUUUUGCGACAGAGUUCCCCCAUAACGAAAGGAUCGAGUGGAAUUUUGAAGGAGCAACUCGACACUCCGCUGUCUUCCAAAUCCAAAAUUUGAAAAAAAGAGAAACAAAGACCGCGAAGCGUCGAUUUAAGAAAAAAAAUACAAUUCUUUGAUUUUAAGUCGUCCUUAAGUUCCAAGUCGGACACAGGUGCAACUGGAACUUAUUUAUUUAAUCGCAUGUGCCAGAUGAUUGUACGAAAGCUCGACAAUAAUUAUUUCUCAUUGACCCUUUAGCCGGAGACUCGUCUCUCGUGAUAAAUAUUUGCAGAGCGUGAUUCGCUUUGGAUGAAAUUUUCAAUCGCAGCUCAAUUUUAUAUUCGACUUUUCUCUGCAAAUAGUUGCACGUUGGAGCUAAAGGGUUACGAAUUGUUAAGGAUCGAUAGUAACAAUUAAGAUUUUUUUUUUCACAAAAUUGCGAUCGCAUCGACUCCUCGUUUGGCAAGUUCAGAAACUUGAGUUACAUUUCUAAAUCAAAAGAUUUCGAUGAUUGAAAAAUAUUGCCAAACGAAGAGUCGACCAAUGAAAAUGGCGCAAAUUCAUUGUGAAGCGCAGACGAACGUCGUCGUUAUUUAUUUAUCGCGCGGACGUGUAUCAUGAAACAAAAAAAAAAGAACAUAUAUGUAUGUAUAUUUAUCGCACGAAAACAACGAUGGAAUCUCCCAGUUUUGUUUCCUGGUCAUUUAAUUUCGCACGGAAAAUAAUUCUCGUUGAAUUUUCUCGUGACACGCUUACGUGUGCUCGCGUCCCCUUACGUAAGCCUCGAAAGAUCACCGACUCGCGUGCGACGCGUGGAAUGCCGUUCUGUGUACGGAAUGUUAAUAAAAAUCACGUAAUUUUUUUUCUCGGAAAUAAUGCUAAGGCGAACUACUGUCCAAGGCAAAUCGUUUUUUAAUAUUCGCAAUUACCAUUUCUUCGUUCUCGAAAUACAGACAGAACGGUGUUACAUAAUUUUCAAAACAAAUUUAAAGCGUUGACUGAACAAUUUAUAUACAAAAACAAUUAAUGUGUUCAGGUCUGUUAUAACCGAUUGGGGGACUGUGCGGGAAACGCGCUGCGGGCGUUCAGCGGGCGCAGCCAACGUAUGCACUUAUAAGUGUUCCGCACACAGCGAACGACCGACAUUCAAUUUCGACGAAACGUGUAAAUAAAUUAUUAUAGAAAACGGGAGAUCCAUCUUAUCCUCUUGAAUUAAUUGCGAACCUGUUAUGUAUAUUGUUACGCGUCGAUUGC